AUGACCGAGGAGCCAAUGCUCGUGCUGCCCGAUCAUGCCAAGCCAUAUGAGGAAGAGACUGACACUUUCGAUUUUGCGAUAGGUGGUGUUCUCAUGCAGGAUGGACACCCGGUGGCGUUCGAGUCUCGGAAGUUGAAUGAGAUUGAGCGGCAUUAUACGGUCCAAGAAAAGGAGAUGAUUGCGGUGGUACACUGCCUUCACAGAUUCACUAAUUAUUUUAGCAAGUAUGGAGAAAUUGCUGACUCUGUGAUUAUGAUGGACAAGUAUUCUGGAAGGCCUCGAGUUGCUGAUAAGGUUUUAGAGGAAUGCCACGUCAUAGACGGUAGAGAGGUAGAAGUGAAGAGAACGAUCCCCCGGGAGGAUAUGGAAGGAAAAUCGGCGUUAAGGACAAAAAAAAUCUUUGUCGGUGGACUCCCAGCAUUCCUAAGCGAAGAUGAGUUGAAGGAGUACUUCUCUUUCUAUGGUGGCAUAGUUGAGCAUCAGAUAAUGCUAGACCACACGACUGGACGGUCUAGAGGCUUUGGGUUUGUCACAUUUGCUGAAGAAGAUGCUGUUGAAAGGAUAAUAUCAGAAGGCAAAGUACAUGAACUUGGAGGGAAACAGGUUGAAAUUAAGAAGGCUGAACCAAAAAGGGGAGGUAGUGACUACAGUGGAAGCCAAUCCAAAUUCAGAGGCAGUUUCAACAACAGUGCGGGUGGUUACGCUAAAGAAUAUUAUCCAGGAUAUGGGUUUGGUGGGAAAGUAGGCAGAAAUUUCGGCGGUGGUUAUGGAGGUUUUGACAGUUAUGGAAUGGAAGUUAUAUUGGAAGCUACGGUGGAAGCUGGGCUGCAUUCUAUGGUGGAUAUGGUUAUGGCUAUGGUUUUGGGGGCCCAAUGUAUGGUGGCGGUGCUUUUGGAGGCAGCAGCAGCUAUGGUGGCCUAA